AUGGCCGCCUUCGUGUCGGCAGCGGUUUUCAGGGCAUGUUCCAGAUGUGGAAAUUUAGCGACAGCUUUUGCAGCCCCCUCUGUCAAACAUGUCUCACGGAAAGUGCAGGCUGGCAUAUAUGCCCGACUGCUGUCCACGUCACAGAAUCCCCUGCUGCAGCGGGAACCAGCAGGGGAAGCUCCUGUGGAGAACAACGCUGAAUAUCCAACAGAUUAUGAAGUAUCCUACAGUGAGUUUAAGUAUGUGGAGCAGGUUUUGCCCAGACCGACAGUACCAGAGGUUCCUAAACAUGAGUCCUACCCAACACCGUCUGGCUGGUUCCCUCCCAAUGAUGAAUUACGAUCACAGAAACCGUACUUGGUUCGACGAACCAAAAACCACAUGCUUCCAGUAUAUUCAAGCCUUAAAAGGUUUUAUUACGGCAUGAAUCAUUUAGUGUCUGUCAAACAGAUCGAAGGAGACAUCUGGGUCCUGGAGUCUGAACUGAGAGAUUUCCUGAAGAAGAAAACAGGACUCAGCAUCAGGACCCAGGUUCAUGAAGUGUACAAGUCCAUCUACAUUAGGGGUGAACAUGCUGCCCUGGUUGCUGAGUUCCUUCUCGGCUGUGGCAUGUAA